AGGUCCUAUGAAGUUCAGGUAAUCUUGCUGUGGGUGAUAGUUCCAGAACUGGCAUUGUUCUUGUUGCUGGGCUUGAUGUUACAGGAGGCAGCUUGGGUCUAUCUGACAUUGCAGAAGGUUCCCCUGCAAACAAAAUGUUGAUAUAUUCUGGUGAGGCAAUUACAUUAUUAUUGCGUCUGCUUUCAACAGCAAUAUUUGGCAUAAGAAAGAAGCAGCAUAUGCAUUAGGCAACCUAUCCGACGGAAGGUGUUGGAUAGCAAUUCGUGAUUUUGGAGCACCUGAUCCCACUUGUUCGAAGAGGCUGCCUUGCAGGAUUUAUUAAUUUGGUGAGAUCUGCUGAUGUUUAGGCUGCAAGACUAGGACUUUUAUUCUUGGAGCUCAUGUAGUUUGUACUUUGUAGUCAGCAUCUCAGUGACUUAGUCUUUUACCUUGCACAUUAUACGAUGGAUGGCGCUGGUAGUAGUGGUUCUGAUAAUGCAAGCACUACGGGAUAUGAUCCAAGCAAAGAUCCAAAGAGGAAGGCCAAAUCAAAUGACCCUGGGUGGAAGUAUGGAUACUGGCCUGAGCUUGCAGACAAAAACCUAGUCAGAUGCAAUCUUUGUAAAAAGGAUAUCAAGGGGGGAAUUAAAAGGUUAAAGCAACAUUUGGUUGGUGGAUAUGGAGAUGUAGCUAUGUGCAACAAGACAACUGCAAUGAUCGCUGCAGAGAUGCAUGCAGCUUUAAUGCGCAAUAAGAAAAAGAAGUUAGAGGUUUUAGAUAAUGAUGAUGACCAGGAAGGAGAGUCACCUGUAGAGGUUGAAGAGCAGAUGCAAUCUGGUUAUGGUAGGCCCUCAACCGAUUUGUCUCAGGCUUAUACCACAGUUUUUCCAAGCUCUGGGAUAGUUGCCAAGAAAAAGAAAAUUGUCAUCCAGCCACAACCAAGGGGUCCCAUGGAUGCUUAUGUGAGGCAGACUCCUGAAGAAGUAGUUGUUGAGAGGUGGGAUAAGGGUUGUCCUAUUCAAACUACAAUAGAGAACCAGUUUAGAUCAGCAAAAGAUAAAAAGAGAGUUGAUAAUCACAUUGCAGACUGGUUUUAUGAAUGUGGAAUUCCAUUUGAUGCAAUUAAGGCAAGGAGCUUUGAGGUAAUGGUUGAAUCCAUUGCACAAUAUGGGUCGGGAUAUAAGCCCCCUACGUAUCAUGACUUGAGGGGUCCUUUGUUAAAUACUGCAAAGGAUAAAAUUGUAGAUAUGAAGAAGAAAUAUGAAAUAUAUUGGAAGCAGUAUGGGUGCACUCUCAUGUCUGAGGGGUGGAUGGACAAAAGAGGAAGGUACUGGAUUAAUUUUCUCGUUAACUGUCUAGAGGGGACAUAUUUUAUGGGUUCCGUUGAUGCAUCUAAUCAUAUACAAGAUGCAAAUAUGUUGUUUCAAUUGAUUGAUAGCAAGGUUGAAGAAAUUGGGGAGGAUUAUGUUGUCCAGGUAGUUACAGACAAUACAGUCAAUUAUAAAGCAGCUUGUACAUUGUUGAUGCAGAAGAGGACUAGGCUAUAUUGGACUCCUUGUGCAGCCCAUUGCCUUAACCUUAUGUUGAAGGACAUAAGCAAUUUGAAAGCAUAUAGGCCUGUAAUCAUGAAGGCUAGAAAAAUAACAAGCUUCAUCUACAAGCACUCCUGCGUUAUUGAUGUUAUGAGGGCCAAAAUAGAUGGGAAUGACCUUGUGAGGGCUGUUGUAACCAGAUUUGCAACUUCAUUUCUGACACUUCAGAGCUUAUUAAAACAUAAGGAUGCCUUGAAGCAAUUGUUUGUGUCUGAUGAUUGGAAGAAUUCUAAUUUGUCAAAGACGGAAGCAGGAAAGAAAGUGACUGAAAUGGUGCUUUCUAAUACUUUCUGGAGUGGUGUGCAAGAUUGUCUUAGAGCAUCACUACCACUUAUUGUUGUCUUGAGGCUUGUAGAUUAUGAGAGGCCUGCCAUGUCUGAAGUUUAUAUGGCAAUGGAAGAGGCAAAAAAGAAGAUACAACAAAAUUUUGGGGAUAGAGAAAGGUUGUGGAAGAAAGUGAUAAGCAUUGUUGAUAGGCAUUGGAAGUGUCAGAUGGAGUGCCCAUUGUAUGCUGUUGCAUUGUUCCUUAAUCCUAGCAAGUUUUUUGAGUAUUGUGAGAAUGAACCUGAUAACCUUUUACAGGCUGCUUUUAAUGAAGUCCUUGUAAGACUAGUCCAUGAUGAGGCUAUUCAAGACAAGAUAAUUAUUCAGGUUGUUGCUUAUAGAUUUGUCCAAGGUUCUUUUUCAACAGACAUGGCGAUUAGACAACGGAAAAUCUUGAGUCCUAUCAAUUGGUGGACAUCACAUGGAGGUACUAGUAUUGAGCUUAUAAGGAUUGCAUUGCGUAUACUGGGCCUUUGUUGCUCCUUCUUGUUACGAGCACGACUGGAGCACACUUGAGUUUAUUCACACCAAGAAGAUGAAUAGAUUGGAACAUCAACGUUUGAGUGAUUUAGCUUAUGUUCAAUACAAUCUCCGUCUUCAAGAAAGGUCCCAAGAAAGGCGCGAGCAAUGCAGAAAUUUUGAUCCACUUCAACUUGAUGAGUUGGAUUGGAGUAGUGAGUGGAUGGUUGGCCGGUUAGAGAAAGAUUUAGUCCAUCCCCAAGAUGAUCUCGCAUGGGGUAAUGUUGAUAGAGCAAUUGGGGCAUCUACAUUGGUUGAGGGCCGCAAACGACCAAGAAGAGCUCAAGCAUCAAUCACUGGAGCAUAUAUCUGCUAUACACGUCGUGGUAAGGGGAGGGCUGUUGUUGAAGAGUUAUCAGAUGAAGGAGAUAUGGAAGAGGAGGAGGAUGUGAAUGACGACGAGCUAUGUUGAAGAUAACUUUGGUUAGAGGCCAACUGAUUCUACAGGGCAGCAGCAACAACCAGAUGUUGAUUUAUUUGAUGAUUUUGAUUAAACAAUUAUAUAUAUAUAUUUUGACACUCCACUUGAUUCUUGAGUUGGGUCUUUAGUAUUUGAGUUUGGAAUUUUGGGUUAA